AUGCCGGAACGCGUCAAGGACAAUGUGAAAGUGCCCGACUCCAUUCCCUACACCACUCCAGCCUCUGAGUUCAUCUACGGUACCAGUGCAGUGGAAGCCGCACUUCGGUGCAGUCGGCGCAAGCUCUAUAAACUAUAUCUGUAUCAAGCGGCCGAGGAAGAACUUGGCCCAGCAAAGGCAGCCCUUCGCAAGCUGGCUCUGACGAAGAACGUCACCACCAAGUUGGCCUUUGCGGGAUGGGAUCGGAUCAUGGACAAGAUGAGUGCCGGUCGACCUCACAACGGGUGCAUUUUGGAAGCAUCUCCCUUGCCCAAACUACCCAUUCGGGGCCUUCUUCCUGUUCCUACCACAACUGAGAGUCACUUCCGCGUGGAAUUGGCUCCACAGUCUAAGGAGGAAUCCUUAGUGAAUGGCACAAACGACAGUAUUCUGGUUUGCCAACCACCUGUAUCAGCAGAGGGAAAAGAAUCCAAGCGUUUCCCUGUGGCGUUACUUCUGGAUGGGGUUGUCGAUACCGGCAACCUCGGCGCUAUCAUUCGAUCUGCUUACUACCUUGGCAUUGAUGCGAUAAUUUUCGCCGGUCGCAACUCCGCACCUCUAUCGCCUAUCACUAUUAAAGCAUCUGCUGGUGCAGCAGAGAAUAUGGCUCUUCUGCAAGUCAAGAAUGAAGUUGAUUUCAUUCAACGGUCCCAAGCCAAUGGUUGGCGGUUUUACGCUGCCGAUGCCCCGGGUCCGGGUGCCACGUAUCUUGGCCGCGCUGAUGCCGAUGGUGAUUCAAACAGCCGUCUUCUCACCACCCAAGCCCCAAGUGUACUCAUGAUGGGUAGUGAAGGGUCCGGUCUUAGCGGGCACAUUAAAUCACAUGCGGAUGCGACUGUCAGCAUUCCUGGUGCUCGACACAGCGCCGAGCUGGGUGUUAAAUCUGACCCCGCGCGGAUCGACAGUUUGAACGUCAGUGUAGCUGCUGCUAUCCUGAUGGAGAUGUUCUUACGAACACCUCUGGCGCUAUCUGGAUCAUCCAAAAAGUCCAAGGACAAAAUGUGGUGA